AUCGACGGGAGAUGAACAGCACCGAGAGCAGCAUCCGCCAGCAGAUUCGCAAGCCAGUUCGCUGCCAGAAGCCAAAACCCAAGGCAAAGCCAGCCGAACCGGGCCAAUUCUAGGGGAACGCGUGUGUGUGAAGCAGUCGAGCCGAGCGGGAUGGCUAAGAAACAAUAGAUACGACUAUGUAAAUGCCUUUUUGAAAAGUGCCAGAAACACAUGUACAUAGAGUAAAGCGAGGCUAGAACAGAAGAUAAAGGAUAUUAUGUUGCUGCCAAAAUGAGUAGAAAGUUUGCAAAAAAACGCCCCGAAAAUAAGCCAACAGCACAACCUGAGAAGUGAAACUGAAAAAGUGUUUUCCUCCACUAAACUUAACUAAGAGCGGCACCACAAUAAGAAAAUCAUAAUGAUGAUGGAUUAACUGAUCCCAGUUGUUGUUCAUGUUGUGCGAGUGAGACAGCGCGAGUGUGGAAGGAGCACCGGAAGUGGCAGCAGUAGCGGCAUUAGCAGCAGCAACAGCACCGCAGCAACAUUGCAGCAGCAGCAGCAGCAGCAACAGCAAAGGCGAAAUCAGCAAAUACAAACGAAUCAUCUAGCACUACCACAAAACGCAAUAUAAUUUCAAACCUGCUGGCUUCGCAUCCACCCAAAACGUGUCCUUCCAUCCCAAAAGAUCCAAUAAAUCCGGCAAGCUGGCGUCGUUUAAGCAGAAGAAUAACAAUAACACCAUUAGCAAUUACAACAACAAUAUAAUGUGGAGUAGUACUAUAUCGCCAACCAACUCUAAGAAACUGUUGAUCGGAAGCACACGAAGCGUUGAUUAUGUCGGUGAUAGUGCGAGGACAGCAGCAGGCAAUAUCAAAACAGGAGCAGCAGCAGCCGCAGGAGCCAAAGGAUCAAAAUCCAAAGCCACAGCCACAGCCCCCACAACCAAGAUCUCAAUCGAAAUGGAGCUCCACAUACAGAACAAGUGCAUCUCGGCAUAGCGCAUCACUCUGGAGGGUGGUGCGGAGCCGCCAUGGCUGCAGGGCCCCCUUAAAGCCGCGUUUUUGGGGGCUACUGGGGUCGGCAAAACAAGCAUACUACAGCAAUUUUUCUACCAUGACUUUCCCAGGACUCAUCAGACGACAACUCAUCGCAAGAUCUACAAAAACUGUCUGGUCUGCGACACCUGCAUACGUGAGCUGAUGGUACUGGACGUUCCUCCCCAGAAGCGAUUUCCGGCUGACAACUUCGCCGAGUGGAACAACGGACAUCCGCUGGGGCUGCGAACGGUGCACGCCUAUGUCUUGGUCUACGACAUGGGCAACUUGGAGACCUUUCAAUACUGCCGCUCGAUGAGAGAUCAGAUCUUGGACAGUUUCAGUCAUCGUGAUUUUAGCAUAAUUGUGGUCGGCAAUAAAUUUGACAAUGUGACUGAGGCGCAGGCCAACUCGCAGGAGCUCAAGGACAUUUCCACGCUGGUGCGCAAACAUUGGCGCUGCGGCUACGUCGAGUGCUCGGCGCAAUAUAACUACAAAAUCGGAGACGUUUUCCGCGAGCUGAUGGGCUGCACCAGCGCUGUAGGAGGAGGCGGCGCCGGCGGAGGUGGAGGCGUGGCCGGGGUCGGUGGCCUGGUUGGCACUGAGUACUCACAAUCAACUAGGAAUAAAGGACGCUGUACAAUACUGUAGCAAGAGUUGCAUAAGUUUUAUAAGCAAACGCGCUGAUCUGGCGCAUUACAUCCGAGUGAAUUCAUCGCAAGACGGUGGCUGCAGCUGGGACACGGUGGCGUAUACGCAAUCUCCAGGGAGGAAGCACAAAGACGACAUUGUUGCCCCUUGCCAACGCUUGCCCUCUGAUGCAUAUUUUACCAUAUAUUUUAGUGGCCACACUCCGCACAUCUUCUCCUUUGUUUGCCAUUAUUACAACAUUUUGUGUUCCCGGCUGUUUCCAUGGACGCUUUUGCUCUGCUUAUUUAAAUGGCAGUGGCAAUGGCAAUGGCCAUGGCCCCGCCGCACACAGGACACGUUUGGCCAGCACCCAGAUCCCGAUCCUGACGACGGCUUUUGUGCGUCCGCAUUUGCAAUUCAAUUCAUAUUUCGCUGGCAGGAAGUGCAAUGGCCAUGAAUAUGCAGAGAUAUCCGCAAAGUGCAGCCACAAUGGCCGGCGAAAGUUCCCUUUGCGACCAUCAUCAUUAUCGUUGUGGCUAUUAUUUGUGUCGUGGAUCGUAAAUAGGCAAUUAAUCCCACCAUAAUUUACAAUACGUUUUAUGUACGAACGAAUAACCUUGUUAUCAAACAAACUAAAGUCGGUUAGGAACUAAAGUAAAGAACUAAGCUAUACACACAUAUACUUAAACAUAUAUGUAUACAUUAACGUUGUGAUCAUUUCAAGAAUUAGUUCUUAAGGCACUCCGACCCAGAACGUCGGCCAAUGUCAAGUGAAGUCAAGUCAAGUCAAGUCAAGUAUCCGUAUCCGUAUCCGGAACUGGAAUACCAGAAAUACUUAGCUAUAGGACACAGUACGAGUAAGAGCAAUUUAAUAAAUAGUCGUAAGUGUUUGGAGAGCGGUCGAAGGCGGUAAAAUCAAACAGUUACAAUCAUGCCAUGAAAAUCCUCAACAGGCCAGCUCCAUAAUAUCCAUAAAUAUUCGCUCCGCAAUUUGCUUGAAAUGAAUAACCACCCGAAUCUGGCAUCAAGUUAUUGCAAUAUAACCUAAACCACAGAUCAAUCAUUGACUUUACCCAUGUUUCGCCAUCGAGGAGCCGUGAUCCAGAAGCCUUAAGAACCCAGAAGCAAAUGAUGCAUAGAACACCUUAGUGUAAAGUAAGAUAACAACUUGAUCGAAGCGCACAAAAAACGAGCAUUGUGUUACCAUCGCAAACUCGAAAUUGUCAGAGCCCAGAUUGAAGAAAGGUCGAAGGCCACAUCUGCGUACAGUAGUAUCGAAAUCGCCUAUCUAUUAGGUAGGUGUGGUUCUAUAUAUCCGUACUGGCGAUCGUCAAGUUAAUUAGGUUCUGAGCAGAUCUACGAAACACGUACAUACCAUUCUGAUCUCUUUCUUUACCUCAAGAAGACAACUUAAACUACUCAAAAGAAAAGCAAUCAAGGCUGACUUUGUACAUAGGGAUUUCAAUGAAAGAACUUGGCAAAAAGCUACGGGAACCGACUUUUACAGCAAUACAUAUAAAUAAGCUCUAACUGAUAUUCAAGAUAGAUACAUAACUGGGCGCACUGCCACAAUGGUUCCACUCCCAGUUGAGUGCUCGGCUAGGAUUCUAGGAGUAGCUGAGCCAGCAAGUAUCUUGAAACAAUUCGACGGCAUUAUUUUAAGGUUAACCAAUGCAAAUCGAUAAUAAUACGAGGGUACUAGCCCAUUAUUGUUAUACAUAUUAUUAUUAAUAUAGAUUUCGCGGCUUUAAGAUGGGUGGGGGUAAGGUUUGAAAGUUUUUUGAUGGAGAAUAUAUACAAAAAGGGGCCUGUCAGGCAGUUGUUUGCCACUCUUACAGAGAGUUAUUUGAAAAAAGCCCUUUUUCAGAUUUUUAAUUUCGCUUUAAGGUGAAAGAUGUUUCCUUUCUUAAAUUAAGAAAGAAUUUCAAAAACGUUGCUGUAGCUUUUUAGUUUCGCUGCGAUUAACUUUAGAAUUAUACAGAAUAUUUUGAAAUAUUGAAAAACGAAAAGAAAUGAAAAGAAAACCUUACCCCCUCUUCCAUGAAGGAUAGACCGUCUAAGCACUAAUGAUAUUAGCAGCUUACAAACCGGGAAUUUUUAACCUGCACCCAUUACCGAACUGAUCCCAACUUGAGAAAUGUGUUUAUGACAUGCAUCUUUCCAAACAGUAAACCCUUCAAAACUUGCAUUACUGAAAGCCCGAAAUAGACAUACUUAUAUAACAUACCUAUAUAUACACAUAUUUAAAUGUAACGAUAAUUGUACGACUUUGGUUGAGGUUUUACCUUGGUUUUCAACUUUACGGAUUCGUCAAAAUGGCUGUUAAUUUUUGAGAAAUAAAAUGCUAACGCAAAACGGUUGAGGAAGUUAGCCGAAAUUGUUGAGCAAGGGCAAUUGUUGAAUUAUUUACAUUUAAGCAACGCGAUGCCUGCGACAGUUUGAAAAAAAAAACAGGAAAAGGUAGUGUAGCCAAUAAAAUAAAGUAAAAUAUUACCUACGAAUCAAAUGCUUCAGCCGCUUGUUGUUUGUUCAUGCCAUUAAAACGUAACUAAUUUUAAGUAAGCCGCUAGGUUUAGAUAAGUAUUACCAAGUGCGUAAGCCGCUCAUGAUCUCUGCUAUUUUUUUUAUAAUAAAAUGCAUGACGCAAUGCAAGUAGAAACAAAUUGUUAAUUGGACAGAAUAGCAAGAGCAACGCACCGAACAAAAUGUUAAGCAAUCGAGUAUAAAAUGCAGCCGGAAACGGAAGCUGGCAAACUGUACUUAGUGUAGAACGCACGACGAUGGUGUAUGUUCGACGAC